AACAAUGAUACUCGUUUCACUCUCGACAGUCGUUUCUGUUAUCACGGUGAAUUUUCGUUUCCGAAGUGGAUCUGCUUAUCGUAUGUCACCCUGGAUACGCAGAUUGUUCCUUCAUUUUUUACCAAAAAUGCUGUUUAUGGAACGAGAUAUGCCGAAGCGAAAAACUGAAACUACGAAGAAUGAAUUAGUUGAUGCCUUAUCGCUGGUAAGACAAAGGAUCCCACCGGAUGAGCUGUACUGUUUCACAGUUCAAAAAAGUAAUCUGUAGAUUCUGUCACUUUUUUAUGACAAGUGAACAGCUGCGAUAACAAAUUACAUUCACUGCUAUAUGGAAUUAUGCGAUAUUGAGAUAU